UUGACGUGACAUAUGUGUCGACCAGGUGCGCUUCCAUGGCAACGGAGUAAGGUACAAUGUCACAAACAGAAAGUUAAGAGGUUCUUCACAAUUGCUCUUUGAGUCUCGUAAUUUAUUCUAUUGUUGAAAGCUUAAAAAGAAAACAACGUUGAUUCUAUUCGACAAGUAUGUCAGUGGAAGGACAAUUUUUUUUAUCCGUCACCGGGUCCAUUGAGCAUGCAGACUUCUAUGAUGCCGAUAACGUUUACUGCAAGUACAGUUUUCAUUUCGGACCCGAAUGGAACGUAGUUACGGGAAUCGAAGAAGGUUUGACGCAAAUGUGUAAGUGUAGCAAUGAUCCGAGGAACCUCGCCGUUUGGAAUUUUCCCCUGGAUAUUACGUUCAAAAGUACAAAUCCACACGGAUGGCCGCAGCUUGUUAUGUCGAUCUACGGAUUGGAUUUAUUCGGUCAUGACGUCAUUAGGGGAUACGGAGUAUGCCAUUUGCCUUUGAAAACGGGACAUCACGAGAAAAGGGUAUUCAUCUACGUGCCGGAAUCGUCGUCCACGUUACAACGUUUCAUGGAGUGGUUAACCGGCAGGAGACCGGAAUUAAUUGAUCCCGCCAUCCUAGCAUCCGGCGGCGGCAGAGAACUCACACGCAUGAGGGUCGAGGGAGCCGUUACCGUAACGUUCAACGUCGUUUUGAAGGAUUUCUUCAAGUUGGGUUACGACAACGGCGAGAAAUGGAAGAAAUGAUAACGCGACCGUUAAACUCCUUCGGCUCAAGAGAGAGGAUUACCCCGUCCAGGAUUAUCUUAUCAAGGAGGUACAAUGCUGCACUUCGUAAAUACUAUUCCGAUGAACAAUCGAGGUGUGAUUUUUCCGCAUAAUCCAGUCCAGUUUUUCCCUGGAACGUCAACGAAAUGGAGAGAAAAUUAAGAGUAUAUUCCUCGCGUUAAUAAACGUGUUGCAGAAAAAAAGAAGAGGAGCGGAAGGGAACGGGCUAAUCCUUCGGGAAUCCUCGAGGGAUCCUCCUUAUUAAAUUUGAACGCGGCGUUAAUCUUCGA